UCUCAGCAUUGCAGCUCAGAGUCGGCGUCAAAUACGCGCGCGCUGGGCACCGCAAUCGCUAUCGAGCGCUGCCGCAGAUCGCUACUUAUAUAAAAGAUCGUGAUUGGAUAGAAAAACGCAACGAUGAUCCUUCCUAGCAAGACCUUGCUGCUAGCUGCGGCAGCCAGCGCCCUCUACGUCCGGCCACGCCGCCGGAUGAGACACGUUACAACGAUGAAGUGGGGCGAGCACAUCGACCAGGUGAAAGGAGAUAAUACGUUCUUAAGGAACAAGGACGGCCGACCGGCACAACUCCAACGAGACUACGGCAAAUUAAUAAUAACACUAGCGACGACGGGCAACAUCAACACGCGGGAAAACAACAAGGACCUCCCGUGCUCACCAAAGGAGAUGGCCGACCAGAUGCACGAGUGCAUCAAGCUCGGGGUGUCUAUCUUACAUAUACAUUCGAGGAAUGAGUUGUUAAAGCCGACGAUGCGCGUUGAUAAAUUCAGAGAAACAUGCAGAUUGGUGAAGGAACGGGAUCCCGACGUGAUCAUACAAAUAAGCACGGGCGGCCGGGCCCCGCCGACGGCCUUCGAAGGUGUGGAUGUGGGGGAUUGGAGGAUGGACCCCCUCAACUUAUUACCGGAGAUGGGCUCGUACACGCCCGGCUCCGUCAACCUCGGUCCCAUCGUCUACCAGAACGACGCGAAGCUCACGAGGGACAUGGCCCAAAAAUACAAGGACCUGAAGAUCAAGCCGCAGGUCGAAGUGUUUGACACGAACAUGAUCUCGAACGUUUGUUGACAGUGUCCGGACACGCGCUGAUGGCGUCGAGGGUCGCGUCGAUGGCGUAUGAGCCGUCGCGAGGCUCGCACGAACACCUACCGGCACGCCGUCGAGGAGGCGCUGGAGAGAGACGCCACGCGCGCGCGGCACCAAGCGCCGUACGCAGGCCUACAACCUCGUCAAGGCGGGCCUCCUCGAAAAGCCGCUCGAGUUCGGCUUCGUGAUGGGCGCGCCGAACGCGCAGGAGUGCACCUUGAGGCAGCUCGGCCAUUUGCUGUCCAUGCUCGAGCCGGGCGACACGUGGACGUCGGUCGGCGUCGGCAAGUUCGAGAUGCCCCUCGCGUAUGCCGCGAUAGCCCAUGGGGGGCAUGUGAGGGUCGGUCUCGAGGACACGAACAAAUUGCCGAACGGCGAGAUUGCGACGAACUAUGAACUCGUGGAGCACGUCGUGGAAAUGGCCAAGAGUAUGGGCCGCGAGAUCGCGACGCCGGCGGAAGCGCGGGAGAUCCUGCAGAUGGAUCCUGGGCACAUUGAUCGGAUCAACGCGCAGCUGGAUCCGUCUGUCGAUUUGUCGUCGCUGGUGUCGAACACGGCGCCCUACGAGGGGCUGGAGGCGAUUCCGGGGUCCUUGGAAAUGAAGCCGACGCCCGGGCACCCGGACUACCCCUCGGCGUAACUAGCUUUAGUACAUUUAACACACAUGCUACUCUACCCGCCUCGUCGAUGGCGUGCAGGUGGCGCAGAAGCCAGGCGCCGCGCACCAGCCGCGGGCUCGCCAUCGAUGCGACCGACCGCGGGCUCGCCGCCGAGGUGAUCGGAACACG